AUGUCACAAAAACACCUGAAAGAAGCCUUUAUCAGCAACUUAAACGGAACUAGUUUGCUGGAGAUCUCAGCAGGCCUGGCUUUGGCUCCACUCUGCCUGCUGUGCAGAGGGCUUCUCUUGAUUUUGUAUUACCUGCACUAUGGGAAACAUCUACAUUCCAGGAAAUACAGCCUGCUGCUUGACUUCCUUGUGCUGGUAUCCCCCCUCCUGUUCUGCUGUACAGUCCUGUCUCAAAUCAUCUUUUUCAUGCCAGCUAUCAUUGCAACCUUCUGUGCUGGAAUAUUUUGUGUGAUAUACAGCCAGAAGAAACAUGAGAUCCAAGUGCCUUUUAGGCAAAUUGUGAAAGACUUCCAGAAGACACCUUUGGAUCCAGAAUACAUUCCAGCAAUAACUGUGUUCCGUGUUUAUGUCAAUGUGUUGACAUCCAUCAGCAUUUUAGCAGUGGAUUUCCCACAGUAUCCAAGGAGAUAUGCCAAAGCUGAGACCUAUGGAACUGGAGUUAUGGAUCUGGGGGUUGGAGCUUUUAUUUUUGGCAAUGCUCUUGUUUGUCCUGAAGUUAGAAACAAGUCCUACAUAAGACAACCAAAAUUUUCCAGUCUGGCCAAGCAGGUCUUCUCCAUUUGGCCAUUGAUUUUUCUUGGCAUUGGACGGCUUCUUAGUGUUAAAUCUCUAGAGUAUCAUGAGCAUACUUCAGAGUAUGGAGUGCACUGGAAUUUUUUCUUUACUUUGGCAUUUGUGAGGCUUGCAGCAUCUCUACUUUUAGCCAUAUUUCCAAAAACUAAAUCUUGGAUCAUUGCUAUAAAUCUUGCUGUACUUUAUCAGCUUAUUCUUAACACUACCUCUCUGAAGAUGUUUAUCCUGCAUGGGAGCAAUGGCAGAGACACCAGGGUUGGCUUUUUGAAUGCCAACAGGGAAGGGCUGCUCUCCCUUUUUGGCUAUCUAGCCAUCUACAUGGCGAGUGUCCAAGUGGGACACUCUCUGCUGAAGUGCAGACCCUCAGUCAGAAGCUGGACUGAAGCAGUGUGUUUCUCACUGCUGAUUAUCUGCCUGCUCUUCAUGUUUCUCUGUGUCUCUCAAGCAUAUGCAGACCCCGUGUCCCGCCGGAUGGCUAACCUGUCCUACUGCAUCUGGGUGGUUGCUCAUUGCCUGACUUUAUUUGUCUGUUUUGUAGUGACUGACCUCACCCUGGUGUUCACAAAGCUGCUUGUGAAGGGCGCCAGUGUGCCCUGUUGCUGGGACAUUGGAAACACACACCACCACACCAGUAGAAGGCAUGAAAUGGAGGCUGUGCCUGGGUGGAGGGAAGGCAAGCUGUCACACACUUGCCUGAUUAGUGUUAUUAAUAAAAAUCAAUUACUGUUUUUCUUGCUAGCAAAUGUUAUGACUGGUGCCAUCAAUAUCCUGGUAGAUACAGUCUGCAGCAAGGCAGCAUUUACAUUAUGCAUACUGCACUUCUAUAUGUUUUUCAUCUGUUUAAUUAUGCAUGUAUUGCACACCAAAAACAUAGUAUUAAAGUUUUGGUGA